UCCACGAGCGUCAGUCCGGAAUUGAACGACGCUGAGAGAGAGUUCGCGCCUCGCCUCGAAUAAAUCUCGCGAUGAUCACGAGACGGGGCGAUGCUUCCUCCGCGUUCCUCGCGCUUCCGCGCCCGCUGAUUUAUGCCGCGGGAAAUCGCGAUAGCGACGGUGUCCGCGUACACGCGCCGUUUUCCGCGACAGUCGACAGAGGAUUCCAAUUUAGACGUCGAAAGACGCUUAUUUUUUCCGAACGGCGGCAGGGUUGCGGGGUGCAGUUCAGACAUGGGAAGUGAGCAUUACUGCCUGAGGUGGAACAAUCAUCAGAGCAACUUGCUGGGUGUGUUCAGUCAACUGCUGGAGUCGGAGUCGCUGGUGGACGUGACACUGGCGUGCACGGAGGGACCUUCGAUACGUGCCCAUAAGGUAGUCCUCUCCGCGUGCUCCAGCUACUUCCAGGCCCUAUUCCUCGACCACCCGAACCGCCACCCCAUAGUCAUCCUAAAGGACGUACGUUUCGCCGAGCUACGUACCCUCGUCGACUUCAUGUACAAAGGCGAGGUAAACGUCGAGUACUGCCAGCUAUCGGCCCUCCUCAAGACAGCGGAGAGCCUCAAGGUGAAGGGUUUAGCGGAUAUGACGAACAUCAACGCGGCGGUAGCUUCGAGGGACGAGCAGCAGCAGCAGCAGCAGCAGCAGCAGCAGCAGCAGCAGCAACAGCAGCAACCGCAGCAACAACAACAGCAGCAGCAGCAACAACAACAGCAGCAACAACAACAACAACACACGAGCACAUCCGAGGGUAUACAGCGCGAGACGUCGCGAGAACAUCACCGUGAACGCGAGAGUAUAAAGGAGGCGAGCAAUAAAGAGAGAGACAGGGAAGGAAACACGUCGUCGUCCGGUGGCGCGGGGUUGCCAUCGGGUGGUGGGGUGAAAGAAUGCGAGCAAACUCAACAGAACGUGGCCCAAUUGCCCAGCAGCGAGUCGACAGAGGCGGUAGACAUGACGGAUUGCCCGCCAUCGCCCACGGGACCCGGUAGCCCUUGUCCAGGGCCGUUGGCCCUCGAUCGGCCCAGGAGGGACUCCGAGGAUGCCGCCAGCCUCGAGGAAACGAGGGGUUCCCUUAGCCCGAUCUCGGUCCACAGUGGACCCUCGGAUAUGAGUCUAAGUAAUAAUACCGGGAGCACGCCUGGUGUGCUACCGUUGAACUUACCGCAGAGCCGGCUUCCGUCCCCGCACAGUACAGAGCCUCUCGCGGGCCCGUCGGGGUUACCCCCAGUCCAGCAAGUUCCACUUUCGUUAAAAAAAGAGAUGGACUGGGAAAGGUCGACCGAAGAGCGCAGUGCGAGCAGCGAAAUAUCCACGGAUUACAGACUCCCGCCAGAUCCGGAGUUGAUGGGUGUGGAUGAGCGGAUGUUUGCGUGCAUGUACUGCGGUGCCUCGUUCCUCCACCAGAGCAAGCUGGCGCGGCACAUCCUAUCGCACAGCCUCGAGUCGCUCAAGUACCGUGAGCAGGCGGCCCACCUGCAGCUGCAGGCUCAGCUGGGCCUCGAACCCGGUAUGCACCUGCCGCCGGAGGCCCACUACCCCACCGCAGGUACGAUCGAGCCGAUGGAUCUCGAGCUCGCGGCCCACUCGGACCCGACCUCCGGCGUCGUCCUCUGCAAGUUCUGCGGCAAGUCGUUCCCGGACGUUGGCUCCCUGAUAGCCCACCUACCGGCGCAUACAGGUGACAGGCCGUUCAAGUGCGAGUUCUGUGGCAAGGCCUUCAAGUUGCGCCACCACAUGAAGGACCAUUGUCGGGUGCACACCGGGGAACGGCCGUUCCGGUGUACGCUGUGCGGCAAGACCUUCUCGAGGUCGACCAUACUCAAGGCCCACGAAAAGACACAUUAUCCGAAGUAUGUGCGCAAGUUCCUGUCCCCGAGCCCCGUGGAUCCUUCCGAGGAAGAGGCCCCGCCGCCGCCACCGCCGCAUCAUUGAGUUCGCCUUAGACCGUGCAACAACCGCCACGUUCACCACCGCCGGAGGAACAAUCGCCGAUCGAUACACCUUCCUUUACCCCUCGUUCCUUCCCGCUCUCCUGCGUCCCGUUCCGAGCACGCGAUCGUCAACGCCGUUCGAUACGCGUCGAUCGCUACCACCGCGGUCAACGCGCGGGAGAAGGAUUCCCCGGAUAGGGAUUCACGGAUCACGAUCGCUCGUCCAAGGAUCCGUCGGAUAAUAGACGCGAUUGUCCGAGUAGUGAUGACACGGGGGACGAUGCGGUCGGACGUGGGAAAGGGAAACACGGACACGAGCAGUUCUACUACUAGUGGUGCCUCAUUCUCAUUCGCUCGUUGUUUCUCGCAUUUCUUUCCUUAUUUAUCCCCGCUACUACUAUUACUAUUACUAUUACCACUGUUACUAUUACUACUACUAUUACUACUAUCGUUUCUUCUCCUGGUUAUCGUGUGUCAUCGUGUCCUUCUCUCGACACACCAGGUUCCGUCGUUCGACCUCCCACCACUGCUCGUCUCGUUAAACGGCCGAGAAACGUUCGUGCGCCUCCUCCGUUGCCCACGCGUGGUCCCCGUGCCCGUUAUCUCUCCCUGCUAUCGUUCCUGCUCUCUCCUGUCUUUUCGUUCGUCUCCACGGAGGGUGUACACCUCCCGUUCAUCGAUCCCCACUGAGCGACGAGGCAAAAAGCCGGCGGUGUUUCUAGUUAGUCCUGUGAUUUUGGUUAGGAUGGUUGGUAAACGCGUGUUCAGAGGGAGGGACACGUUAAAACGAGCUCCCUCGUUUAAUCAGUGCUUUAAGACGAAACGUUUAGCUUAUAUAUACAUAUAUAUAUAUUAUAUAUAUAUCGAUAAAUUAUUAAAGGUAUAUAUAUAUAUAUGUGAGUGAGAGGAAGAAAGUGAGAGAGAAAGAAAGAGAGAGAGAGAGAGAAAGAGAGAGAGAAAGAGAGAGAGAGAAAGAGAGUGAGAGAAAGGUUAGAGAGAAAGGGAGAAAGAGUGAGAGGAUGGGAGAGAAAGGGAGACAAAGAAGAGAAGAAUAAGAAGAACACGAUUAAAGAAGAGGACGAUGAAGAUGGAAGAUCGAGAUUUUUAGAUCGAGAUACAAAUUAAAAAAGAGAUAAAAAGAAAAUUAAAAAAAAAACGGACGUUGAAAUGAUAGAGUGAGAGAGAAAGAAAGAAAGAAAAAGAAAGGAAGGAAGGAAGGAAGAAAGAAAGAAAGAAAGAAAGAAAGAGGACGAAUGGAAGAGAGAGAAGAGAGAAAGAAAAAAAAAAUUUGAGCCGCCACGGUUGGUGCUUUUAAGAGAUUUUCAUAAAAUGCUGUGAAUAUUAUAUUGAUUACGAUUAACUAUAAACUAUUGUAAUAAUGUAAUAACGUUGUACGAUGUACGAUGUGACUGUUGUUGAUACGAUUGAGAAUAUUUUAUACAGUUGACAAGGGGAGGGGUGUUGGGAUUCGCGCGCGCCGACGAUAAAACGAUUUACGAAGAAAAAAAGAAAAAAGAAUACACAUAUGCGCGCACAGACACACACGUAUACACACAUACACGCAUACACACGUUCACAUACACACGUAAACACGCGCGAGAAAAAGGGCGACACAAGGGGGCUCGGGGAGGGGGGUUGGGUUAGGACUGACGACGAGGUAGGGUACGGGAUUCGUGGGAGGGUUUAGCGACAAGAAACGUCCACGUUCUUAAACGGAGGAUCGUCGAGUGCGCUCGUCGUGGACGUUCUCUCGUGGUUCAAAACACACGUCGACGUAUAGUAUAGCGUUCUUUGAAGAAAUUUUUCUCGAAGAAGCAACGGCUGCCGGACUCGAGUUUACUCGAGCGUGUCGGAAUCUUCGGUGCGUCGUAACCUUCCCGAAUUGUUUUCGCAUUCCCUUCGUGGCGCGCGUCCGUGUAUUUCGUUCCUCGGCUCUGUUAUCCCGUACGCGGCGGUUCGUUACGGACGACCUCGGCUCGUUGGAUUUCGCGCUUCUGUUUAUAUUCGCUCGGCGAAACUCGUCGAGGAGAGUUACCGAACAUAUUUAGUCGUACUACGUCCACGCGCAGAUCCAGUCCAGAAAAACUUUUCGCUUCUUUCUUACGGCAAAACGCUUUCAAGGUAUUCGAUUCUCUCGCAGAAUUAAUUGAUAUGUCAAAGGUUUUUCUUUGGCCGGGAUCGAGUUUAUUUCCAUUCGUCGAGAAGAAUUAUGAAUGUGCGAUCCUUCGUUUCAUUUAACCGUGAACGCUUUUGAUACAAUUUUCUCGAAUCACACUCUCAAAGGAUGUAUCCUUUAAAAUAUCUAAUUUAAAUCUGGACUAAAUAUCUUAAAAAAGAUAUUCGUUCUUUCUCCUUGAUUGACUCUUCCUUCGAGAUUUUAUCCUUAUCCUAAUUUAAAUUCUUCUAACAAAUAUCUUCUAAACAGUUUCUCUUUAAACAGGAUUUAAUUCUCCGAAUCUUCGUUUCUUCUCUCCUAGAUAUUGUUCCAAAGUUUUCUCUUCGAUUAUUAAGUUUCCAAAGCUUCGUUCGAUCUUCGACUCCCUGCGCAGGAUACUCAUCCUUCGCACGUGGGGUCUAUCUAUAUCGAUGCUGCUAAAUAUCUUUCCACCUUUCGACCUCGUUCCGUUUCAUCCGAGACCGAGGCUCCGGUUAAUUACAUCGCGUUAACGGGAACAGAUUAUCGCGUAUCUCAUUGGCGAACGGCCUGUCGUCCCUGCGUAGCCUGCUCCUACGUAUUACGCGUGUUCACAGACCUCUUACCCAAUCCCUAUCACGCGCAUCGACGUACAUAUAACGCGAUAUCGAGAGCGCGUGUCGGCCGCGCCAAACGCAUCGGAGAUAGCCAAGUCGGCGCGUGUAUAAUAUAAUCUAACGACGAUGCGGUAGGCCAGCGAAUCAGUGCAAUAACUAUUAUAAAUCACGAUAAUGCGUUUCCCUUAUUCUUCCUUUUUUUUUUUUUUUUCUGAAUCUUGAUAUCGAUCACGGUUCACUCGAUUUUCCCCUCCUUCCCUCUCCCCUUCUUUAUCCUAUCCCCUGUUUAUUUAUUUCCGUACGCGUAUUUCCUUUUGCUUCGAAACCAAGAUGAGAGAAGCGAUGAUCGAAAUCGAUCGAAUUCGAAGUUCGACUCGAAAUUUUUUUAAUCCAUCAGGUUUGUUCGAAAGGAAACGGGGUUUAAAGAGAACGUGCUUUUUUUCGCGAGGGAGAAUGUCGUCGUGUUUUCGAAUCUCUUUCGAUCUACGGGAUCGAGUGUGUGUGUUCGAAUAGGUUUGUGUUCGAAGAUCGUGCAAUAAGAAGAAGAAAAGAAUGGAAGAAUUGGAAAUUGACCUUUCGUUUUCGAGGAGGAAACGCGUUUCUGUCCAGUUACGAGCACGUAUGAAAAUUUCUUCGAGGUCCUCUAAAUGGUCGCGAGGAAACGGAAGACCGAACGCUGACGUGACGUUGCGCGCAGAGAGAGAGAGAGAGAGAGAGAGGGGGAGAGAUAGAGAGAGAAAGAGAAAGAGAGAACACACACACACCUGUUCGAGGCAAAACGCAUCUUUAUUCCGUAAACAGGAUGUAUUCCGUGCGAUUUCUGUGGAUCGACGUGGUGAAGAAUCCAUCGAGGUAUGAGAAGCAGAAACAUUAAUAAUUACGUAGAUCUUUGAUGUUUUUCUUUUUCUUUUUUUUUUCUCUCUCUUCGUUUUUUUUUAUUUUUCCUUUUUUCAAUUUACAAUAUGUAAUUAGAAUAUUCUUAUUUUAUACUCUUAGUAGUUAUUAAUACUUUUUUUACAGAGAGUGGAUAAUAUUAUGGAGAACGAGCAGUUUCCAUAAAUAACAUUCGCGUUGAAUUGCAAAUCUUAAUUCUUAUUUCAAAUUUUAGCGAUGUUUAAAUAAUCGUAAAUCAUUAUGUAUUUUACUGUUUGAUCGGGCUUGUUGAGGUGUUGCGUCGAUAUUAUUCGCUUGUUUCCUCACUCGUGCCUAAUUUGAAAAAAAGAAGAAAAAAAAGAAAAAAGGAAAAAAAGGGUGAGAUUGAAUUGCAAAUAUUGCACAAUUCUCACGCAGCGAUUGUGCAAUCCGAGAACAGGUUUGCAAACUCGACGAACAAAUUACAAUAUCGCGUCUUUGAAUAUUCAACGCAACAAAUUACUUACAAGUUAAAUGAAUUGAUUUAAAAAAAAAAAAAAUGUAUAAUUAUCAGGAAUCGCAAAAAAAAAAAGAAAAAUGGUGUUUCCAUGCGAUACUUUCUUUCGCGAAGAAAUUCAUCAGAUUCCUAAGAACGAACAGUACUACUACAACGCAAAGUUCUAAAUUAUUAAAUUGAUUUUUUUUUUCGAACAAUUAUCAAAAUUUUCGAAAAAAAAAAAAGAAAGAAAGAAAGAAAAGAAAACAAAGUCACAACGAUAUUUCAUCUUUCCUCUAUUCUCACGAUUGGUACGAAAACCAUUCUUGUCGGCUAUAUCGAGUCGACAGUUGUGGAAACAUUCUGCGCAAGAUAAGCGCGACGCGCUUUUUCACGGCGCAUCCACGACAAACGAUAAUAUUUCUUUCCACGUUUUCGGUGUAUUCCGAAAAAAAGAAAGAAAGAGGAGGGGGAAAAAUCGCGAAUCGUGCGCGAAAACACGCGAAACAAAGCAAGGAUCGCGUUUCGGCCGUCACAAUGCGGCGAUGACCUCGCGUAUAUUCUCAUGAGCGUACGGGUGAUACGAGAACCAGUAUUCGAGCAGCUUACUUUUGUUUUCCUAUUAGUUUAGAUAAGGUUGAAUAACGCGUACCGUGGGUGUUUAAGCGUAACGAUCGAGUUUCGGCUCGAUCGCUGCGGAGUCGAGAUCAAAAGGAGAAGGAAUACGUGAUAUUUCGCGAUAUUAUUAUCAUUAUCGUGUUUUUAGGUUCGUUCCUGUGUGAUAUUGUCGAUCGAUGGGAGUGUAAAGGUAUCGUCAUUGUUUUACAAUUUAUCCUCAUCAUUUUUAGUAAAGACAUAAAAGUCUUGUAAAGUUUCUUCUUUUCAUUAAAAUAUCCUUCUUUUAAUAGAAAUAUUUUAUCGUUAACGUUUAACGCGUCUUUCGCUUCUUCCUUGAAAAUAUUGCAUUAAGUGUGGAAAUGUUUAAUUUUUUUUUUUUUUUUUUCUUUUUUAUAGAAUUACACGAUAUUUUUUAUUUAAAUAGGAUUAUUAUUUAAGCGGAAAGUUGGUACGAUAUACGAUACAAACGGAAACUUACUUUGUUACGAAUUGUUCACUUUGAAUAAAUAGAUAAUUCACUUUUUCUUAAGCACUUUUUCUGAGCAUAAAAUGCAAAGAAUAAAUUAGGGUUAAAAAAUUGCAUUGUUUGGAAAUUUGAAAGUUAUUGAUUAUUCCAAAUAACGAAAAGAUCUAAUAAUUGUUUCUUCUGGAUUGCAUACGAAUGAUGACACAUAAUUUAUGAGACGACUUAUGAUGAUUCAACGUGUUCGAAGCUAAAAUGGUCUUUUGUUACUUACUCGUUUUCUUCUCUUUUUUUGUCCGCCUAACAAUCGAAGAAGGGAGUGGUCGUGUAAAUAUGAUAAGACAAUGCUAAGGAAAUAUCUAAAAUUUGCAUUCUUAACGUUUAAUUUCAUUUGUCUCUGACAAAUUUAUCCGACCGCUAAUUAUUUUUUAUUGUGACGUAUGAUUGUGUUUCACCAUCUGACGUGUAAUAGGGAAGUUCACGAUAGAGGAUGCAAUAGUUAAUUUUUAAACAUCAAACGAAAUAGAUAAUGAAACGAACCCGCUAUUUUCUAUAUUAUUCAAUUAUCCAUAGAUAACCAACAGAUUUAUUUAUUUCUCUGUAGAAAAUGUAGAAAGUUCCCCCCCUUUAUUAUUAUCCCUCGAUUACACUAUAAUAAAACCCUCGAUUAAUUAUACCUUAUGAAACUAUCUCUAAAGUAUCAUUAACAAUUACUUUUCCUCCCUGUAAUUUCGCAUCGCGAAACCCAUCAACGAUUAACUAAAGUAAACGCAACAGUUCUUUCUUUACACAUAAAAAAAUAGAUAACAGGAAUAAAAAUCGUUAUUAUCAAAAUUAUAAUCCGAAUAUUGAAUGGAUCGAAUAUAUAAAAUUUUCUACGUAAACUUUCCUUAAAAAAAAGAGAAAAGAAAUUAAAAUCUUAAAAAUAUCUCUUCCAUCGAAAUCGCGAAGAAGGGUGGCAUGGUGGAAAGAGGGGAGGGGGAAACGAGGAUAUUUCGAUCGUUCGACAUUCGCAGUUACGGUCGAUGUAGUCGUGCAUCGAGCAGGACUUUUUCUUCUCUCUCUCUCUCUCCUUCCUAGGUUUCUCGAGCUUAUUGUAUAUUUAGUAGCAGACUGCUUUCUACCGCCGUCCUCGUGCUCCUCGCGAGAGAAAGAGAGAGAGAACGGAGAAUAGUGGUGGAGAAAUCGAUCGAUCCGUGAAAUAUUCAUCGUGUUCCGCGUUGAGGCCCUGCACCGAAGGAAAGGAAUCGGUCAACGGGACUUCUCCUCUUCGCUUCGUAUCGAUUAAUCGAUGGGCUGCACGCGAUUUCAAUGUCGUUAGGGACCGUGAAAUCGUGAAUAUUAAUCCGUCACCGCGGAUCAGCCACGGAUGGAUCAAAAAAAGUUUACGCGUCCUCGUCUCGCCCCCCAACUCGAAUCCUUUCCCCGCGUUUAAUUCUACUUUGAUCCUCGUUUUAUUUUUCUUUCCGCCAUUUUCUCCUUUUGCUCUCCUGGCUGGCUGCCAGAUCUGAUUCCAGACAGGAUUAGGUGGAGUUUCGAGCUUGUAAACUGGAAACGAUUCGCUUCCACUUUUUGCAACAGUUUGACGUGAGUUUUUUUUCCUUCUUUUUUUUUUUUAUUUACCUUUUUUCUCUUUUCUUUCUUCUUUUUUUUUUUUCGAAUUUGCGUUUCUAUCCUGACGGCGUUUUUAAUCCAACGGCGUUUCGAAGUAUCGACAUUCGUUCGAUGAUUGACAGUCGGGUAAAAAAAACGCGUCACGUCGAUCAUGGAACUCUGUGGAACCGUCUUCGGUCCUAGUUUGACGAAGUUUGCAUUCGAACGUUGUUUUUUUUUUUUCGAUUGUCCUUUCUUUCUUCCGCUCCUUUUUUUCUUUUUCUUUCUUUUUCGAGCGAACAUUCCACGAUACUUCUCUACUUAUUUUUUCCUUUUUUUUAUCACGUGAUGAUAAACGUCAUGAAAUUCUUAUGUGUACAGGUAAUGCAAGAAAGAAUUAUGUAUAUUUAUUAUCGAGCUAAUGUAUCGAGCGGAGGAGCGUAAAUUUUUUUUUCUCAGUUAAUUUAGCGAACGAGGAAUAAAUACACCAAGAGAUUACGAAUCAUUAAAAUUACGCGGCUUGUGACAUUUCGACCUAUUCGCAAUUUUCUCGAUGCUAUUUCGCCUCGAAUCAGAUAAAUAUUUAAUAAUUAAUAAGUUUUUAUAAACAAUCGAUACCACCUCUGUUUCCUCCGUUUGCCUCCACCACGUGUUUGCUUUUUCAGUACAGUUUUCGAGAUUAGCUAAAACUCAAUAAUUUCGUUUAUUAACAGUCAAUGAAUUGAAACUCGAUUUUCAUUUCGUUUCGAUGGAACGAAACGCGAAUUUCGUUCAAUUCCCAUCGAUUAUUGAAUCGAAUAAGAUAAAAGAAAGAUGUAAACGAUUUGUGUGUGAAAAACGCAAUUGAUUCAUGCGCUCUCUCUCUCUCUCACACACACACGCACACAUAUACAUAUUAAAUUACAAGCAUUGAUAAGCAAAAUGUUUACACGUUGCAUGGGAACGUUGCAUUUCUUGUUUCUAUCUUGUUUCUUGUUUCUAUUUAUAUUCAUAUAUACGUGAUUGAUCGUUGAAAAAGAUAAAAAAGAUGGGAAAAUCGAAAGAUCAUUUUGUAAAAAUCAAAUGAUUCAGUUCGAGCUAUUUUUAAAUUUAAUUUAUACUUUCAUCCUCGUUUUAUCGGCGCAACGAAAGUAAAUAAAAUUUUUUGUUUUUAUUGGAGAAAUUUGUGAAAUUCGUAUCUUGGAAAAAAAAAAAAUAAUUCUCUCACUUAAUUUGCGAAAUCUCGGUUAAUAAUCGGGGAAUCGAUGUUUGUCGAGUUUAAAAUGAAAUUCCGUGUAAUCGGAUUAAUUCGAUAUUAUUAGCUAGCUCAUGGGAAUUCUAUUAAUAUAUUCUCGACGAGAAUCGAAUCGUAUCUCGUUGAUUGUUAAAUAAUAAAAAAAAAAAGAAAAAAAUUACGUUAGAGACGUGUUCGUUAAUUUGGAAUCAAAAAAAUUGAAAAAAUCGUAUCGAUAACUCCAUAACGUGAUAACGAUUUAAUCGAUCGAUGAAAAUUUAACGCACUUGAUAAUUUUGAUAAACAAUUGUGUGAUAUUUCGGGGUGGGGGAAUCGUUCGUGUUCGAAAAAGAUACGAUUUUCAAUCCUGUGAAUUAUUGUAUCCCGUAAUUUAUUUUUAUUUCGAUGAAAAGAUAAACAAAAUUUCGGGAAAAAAUUUUUUACGCGAAAUUAUUCAAUAUCCAUUAUCGAUUUUUUCAUAUUACUCGAAUCGAGAAAUUAAAAAUUAUAGUCAAGGGAUGAAACGACUUUUCCAAUUUUCACUUUUUGUAAUUUCUUCUUCUGUAACCGAUAAAAAUAUAAAAGAGAAUUAUUAUUUUUUUCGUUACAUAUUGGGCGAUUGUCUAAAAGUAUCUAAAAGUAAUAAAUUGAAAAAUGAUGGAAAUUUUCGAAACAAGGCUAUUCUCUGUUUUCCAAAAAAAAAAAAAGAAAAAAAAAGUAAUAUUAAUAUAAGGUACGUGAUUGAGAAUGCGUCGGGUCUUAGAUAAAUUCAAUAAAAUCUAAACACUGCACGCGCGUCGUCGAACACAGAUUUCUCUCUACAGAUGAAAAAACAGAAACAUUCGUAUCAAUUCUUUAUAAUUUACCACGACUUAUGACCACUGUGUUUAUCGAACAAACCUCCCGACAAAAUUUAUCGUUUACAUAACCAACUUACAUCUAAAUCGUUCCAACUCGUACAUUUCACGAUAACACAAAACUCGAUCCGGAUUUAUGCACGAACGAAUCUCCAUCGUCUCUAUCCUUUUCCUCGAGAAAAAGAAACCAAAAAAAAAAAAAGAAAAAAAAAAAAGAAAAGAGAGAAAGAGAGAAAACAGAUCAAACGAAUCAAAUCCCUAAGAAUAACAAAAGAAAAUGAAAGAAAGAAUCUUGAAAUCGCCGUUCGACCAUCGGCUAAUCGCUUAAUCAUUGCGAAAAUGUUUUCGAAGGAUUUUUCCUAUUUCUCUCUCUCUCUCUCUCCCCUAUUUCGUCACGUAAGUUUCCGCGUAAGUGGCGUCGCCCCUCCCCCUCUCUCACCUCGCAUUUUCCGCGAAUUUUGAUCGGCCCACCCAGAUAAGCCCGGAUCGACGUUUAAACCGCGCGUGAUUCCGCGUUUAAUCGAGCUUUAAUUUUCGGCCCCCGCUCCCUUCUUCCCCUCCCACGGGAACCCAAUCGAAUUCGAUCGGGUCGUCGCGAAACGGUCGAUCAAUUUAUAACGAGCAUCGAUUAACCGUCACAGACAAUUGCAAUGUGGAAACGGACGGACGUGGGACAGGGAAAACAGGGGGUUGGGGGAGAGGGCCGUCCAAGGAUCGGCUCGAUGGAGGGAGAGGAGGGAGGGAGAAGGGAAAACAGAAAAAAAAUUCGCUUCUGUUUCGAGAGUGUACCGCUCGGGGUUCUCGAUGGAUGGAUAGGAUCUGGUAUUUCGUUACUUGGUUUCGCUUGCAGUUGGAGAGGGAGAGAGAGAGAGGAUAGGAAAGUUUUUCUGAUGAAAUAUUCAUAAUGUUUUUUUUGUUUUUUUUGGAAACGUUGGAGGGAAAGUGUAGAUCUGGUGCAAAAAGAAAGAUUUAAUAGUUGUUUCGAAUAUGUAUAUAUAUUCUGUUUGGAUUUGAUUCUCGGAUGGUUUUGAAUAUUUGAAUCUUUAUAAAAUAUUCGUUAUGUUUCUCUAAUGUAGAUCGGAAAAUAAAAUUCGUCCGCCAGUUAGUUCCAGAUAUAUCCGAGCUCUAUAAAGAGGAAGUUGGAGAGACUCGUGGACUUUCAGGAAAAUAAUAGGUUAUCGUGUGGCAGAAGUGAAAAAAUUGGUGUAUUUCUUUGAUAAAGCAUUCGCGCUGUCUGUAAUCUGUCUGCGCUCUCGAUAAAAUUUCUAAAUUUUUAUUUUCUUACUUGCUUAGAUCAACAAAUCCUUCGAUCGAUCGCGAAGACAAAUUUUUUUCCUCCUCUCUUCUAUCUCUCAAGUGCAUCAUCUAAACAUGGAAAAGUGUCAAAUGCGUUUGCAUCAAACAUCUCCCCUUUCUGCUAGCCAGAACAAUUCUCCAUCUUGGACAAGCUUUUCUCAAUUUUUCUCGUAUCAGUAUCGGUAAUUUCACUAAAAUUUAUCAAAAUUAUUAACGAUCUUUGCUUUAUAUACUAUGCUUCCAUAAAAAGAAGAAGAAGAAAAAAAUAUUCCGUUUCGAUCCGUAAACAUCGAAUUUCCAUGGGUAAAAAAUAAACGGUGCAAAAGUCGUUCGAUCUCGAGAGAACGUAAUUCUCUGGCAACGCGUUGCAAUGGCGAAAGUUUCGUAGUAGGAGUGGUUAUCCGGGGAGAAGACGAUUGUCGCGGAAAAAUCGCAAUUAACGAGAAGAGCCAGCCGUCACAACUGUAACCUUGCAAUCGUAAAGGUCUAAAAAUAUAAUGAACGCACGGAAAACUGCAUAAUGCAUCGACCCAACUGCGCUGCGUUAUCGCGCUCACGAGCGACCGAGCGAUCAUGCAUGCAUGCAUGUAUGUACGACGUGCACGUCACCACAGAUAAAUCGUAAAUUGGACAGUGACGCUCAAUUUUGCGUGUGGAGAACAACCGAUUUUUUUUUUCCACAUAAGUGACCGAGGGGAGGAUUGGUGAGUCGUGGUGGGUUGGAAAUUAGAGAUUUUUUCGCGAUUAAUAAUCGAUUGGGUAUCCGAAAGAUAGAAUUUCGGAUUUUUUUUGUCUUAUUUUUAAGUGGAUUGAUAUAUUUUUCUAGAAUUUCAUUUGAGAAAUUGGAAAGCUGAUUUUAUGGAAAGAACAUUUGAGAGUUUUAGGGUUUAGGGGUUUAUAAUCUUUCUUUUAAAGGAAAUUUAAUCAGAUUUUUACGUGGAAAUAUAGAUAUGAGAAUAGCACGUUGCUUCGUUGGGUGAUAGAUUCUGUCGAUCUUCGAGGAGUUUUAUUAUUCUCUUCUCACGAAAUUUUGAUCGAACAAUUUUUCGAUCAUUCCAAAAUUAUAUUGGAUUCAUUAGAUAUGAUCCAUAAGAUACUCAAAUUUAAAUUAGGUUAUUUAAUUUUAGGAUACUUAAUAUUUCUGAUUAUCUGCUUGUUUUGUGAUAUUUUUCUUGAUAUUUUUCUUACGAAUUUCGAUAUUAAAUUACAAUCGAUACGAAUUUCAAUUUUGGAAAUUGAAAAUGACAUAAUUACAAAUUGCGUAUAAUUUAUCCAUAUUUCGGAUUUGAUACGAUGUUACAACGAUAUACGAAUAAUUGAAACGUCGACUCGAAUAAAAAAUCGUAAGUCAAUGAAUCAAUUAAAAUAUAGAGAAAUGUAAAAAUUGGCCAAAACUUUUCUGGAUUACCUACGAUCCAAUUAUUAUCAAUUCGAGUAUUUAUCGAAAUACGAAAAAUAACGAAACGAUCGACAGAAAAAAUAAUAAUAUUUUCGCCAAAUUUGAACGCUUUGAUCUCCGUAGUUUUUCUUUUCUUUUCUAUUUUUUUCCAUCUAUCUUAUUUAAAUUAAAAACAAGAUAGAAAUAUUUAUGCAAUCUCCACUUCCGCUUACUAUCGAGAUUCGAAAACUGACUCAUGAGAAAACGAGCAUGUUUACAAAUGUCAUUCGUGAAAGAUAAACUUAUUGCUUAUUUCUCGAUGAUGAAAUUGUUGCAAAAAUUUACGCGCGAGACAAAUACAAAUAUAUACGUAUAUUCUUUUUUCCUUCUCACGAUCUUCUUAUUCGUCCUCUCUCGCUCGUACAGGACGCUUCACGAGCUCUCCAUCUAAAUUCGAAGCGAGAAAAUCGCGUGAAAAGAGAGAGAGAGGGAGAGAGAAAAUAAUUCCAACUCGAAAAAGAUAUAUGGAGAAUUCAGACGAAAUUGCCGAUACGUUCGAACCAACUUUUGCACGGGAACAAUUGCGUGGAAUGGCGCACGCGAAGUAGAAAGGGUAAUUGUCCUGUGCACGGUUGAUCGUAGGGAAAGAGGAAGGAAAUUCUGAGCACAAGGGGAUCGUCCCUUGAUCGUUUGCGUUAUUUUACGAUGCCGCGGACAUUAGACAUCUUCCCGUAAAUUUAGAUGGCCGUUUCAAAAAUUAAAGAGCUCGGAGAAGCUCUUGCACGAGCUUACAAAUUUGCCAGCUGUUCGAUGCAAAAUUCACGAAUGCCGUUCGUGUUUUUUUACCUCUCUUUCCCGAGAGAAAAGAUAUAUUAUAUUUUUCGUCGUAUGAAAAUUUGAUUGAAAAAUACGUACAGUGAUCCUUUUUUUUUUUUUCCUCUUCUUCUUCUCUUUGAUUAGAAUUAUUUCGCUUUGGUUAUUAAUCGGACCGAUUAAUUGAACCAAUAUAAUUUUAGCAAUUACAAACAGAUAAACAUGCUGACGAGCACGAAUAUAGUUUUGCAAAUUAAUUGAAUAAUUUCUACGUAAUAAAUUGGAAACGGUAAUUAGUUUGGAUACGUGUUAUUACUAGAUAUUUAUCGAAUCAUGUAGCAAAUAGUCGAUCAAAGUGAGAGCUGCAAACGCAAAUGCAACGUUUCAGAACAGAAAGAUACAGAUUCGAUACGAUCUUUCUAUUUCUUCCACUUCUCUUCUCUUUGCUUCUUUAAAUUUUCUCGAACGCGCAGAGUCGAUGAGAGCAAAAAAAAAAAAAACAUUUUUCAAAAUUUUCCAAGGAAUCGAAACGAAUCCUUCGCAUCAACCAAAACCACCCCUCCAAACGUAACCCUCGAGUUCUCGUCGCGCGAACGAUCGCACAAUACCUCGUUAAUUUCGAAGAAGAGAGAAAUAAAUAAAUAAAUAAAUAAAUCUCACGUUCGUCCAUGCAUGCGCUAUUCAAAAAAGAAAAAAAAAGAAGGAGAAAAAAAGCACGAAUGGUCGGACAUUUUCCACGAUUUCCCCUAAGAGGGCCACUCUCGUUCAUUUAUCGCGGCGCGUUUAAUUUCCACGCGUUAGUGACUCUCGACGACGUAUCGCCUCUCCUCGACUCAAUUACCAAUUACGAUCGCGAGCGACGAUCUCGGCGAGCAUUCGAGCGAGGGGUGACGAGCACGAAGGAAUCCGCGGGAAGAAAGAGAAAAUUAAUCCGUAGCUUCGUAUUAUACGUUAAUUGCAUUAUGCUCGUAAAAUGAUCUUUUUAAACAAUUUUAAACCGCGUACACAAGUGUACGAAUCAUCGCUCCGAUCAUCCUGUAGUGAUGUACGAUAUACGUAUAACUUCAAUUAUGAUUGAUCGUACAGUGGAACACGUUACGAUUCCCUGAAUCGAUUUUAAACCAAUGGUUCACGGAUGUUGAAACAUCACAACCCUUACACGAGCCAUUAACUUAAAUCCAUCGCUCAAGUCAAUGCCCGCCUCGCAGCAGCGUGUUCCACAAAUUUUGGGAAUCGAUUGAUUCGUACGUCGAUCAGAUGGCAGAAUUAUUACGUUAAUAAAUACAGUAGAAAAAAAUAUUUCCAACGUUACUCGAUUUUCGUUUAAAGGUGGGGCAUACGUGCAUCCUGUCGGAACAGCUGUCAGAAUUUUCGAGACAUCGAACCUGUCUCGAACCCGUGCGCGGGUUUUACGCUCUCUUGCCUCGAUCGUGAACGUGAUUUCGAGGAUCGCACGUAGCCAACGAGGAGAAGCAUUCGACGCCGUCGUCGGCGUGCGACGUCGUCGACGUCGACCCUAUUUACACGCACGCAUCGGUCGCCCGUUUCCCUUGAUAGGUGCACGGACACGUUCGAGGUCGCAAUUACGCCGCGAAACGCGGAACAACGAUCGCCCAGUAAAGUGCAAUCGAGAAGAGAAUUAAUGAACGCCGCGCGCCGCUCACGUAGAGUACAAUCAAUUAGUAAAGUUCCAAUUAACGUAGGGUUUUAGGUCAUCCCCUCCCCCCUUUUCCCCCCGGAUGGCUCCCCGAACCGCGCAACCGAAUCGCGCUCGCCUCGACUUCCGUUUCCCCGCGGCCAUUAAGAUAUUCGACGCGAGGAUUUCGAGUUCCCGGAAUUUUCGCCCAAUUUCGUCCAUUUCCUAUUCCUCUAAACCUAUUUCUGUCUCGUUAUCUUUUUUUUUUUUUUUAAUCUCGUUAAUUAAAAUCGUCUGUCGAAUCUGUUUUUCUUUUUUUUUUUUUUUUUUCCCCUCCAUUUGAUUUCGUUCGAUUCGAUUCGAUUCGAUUCGAUUCGAUUUGGUUUCGUUUUGUUGUUUGAUUUCUUUGCUCUUUUUGGAAGAGUAAGAUCACGCGUUACGCCCAUAAACGUGAAUAUGUGUCGAUUCGAUUGAUCUAUUAUCGUCGAGUUUUAUUAUUAUUAUUAUUAUUAUUAUUAUUAUUAUUAUUAUUAUUAUUAUUAUUAAUUAUUAUCAUUAUUAUUAUUAUUCGAAAAGUGAGAAAUUUAAACGAAUUACACAUAGUACAAAAAUUGUUUAGAUUUAGGAAAGGGAAGUUGUAGGAGUAGUGAUUUUUAAUUCGUUUAGCGUUAAGAGAUAAUAAUUGUUUAAAAUAUAUCGUUGAUCGGGGAGAGGGGCGGGGGGAGAAGAUUUUAAAGGAAAAAGACCUAUGAUUUCAAAAAAAAUGUGCAAUAAUUUGAUAAAUUAUUAUCGAUUUAUCGAAUGUUGUUGAAAAUCUUGAAAAAUUUUUAUGAGAUUUUUCACUCGUUGUCGCGUAUAUAUUUUUUUUUUUUUCAUAUAUUUUACAGAUGUAUUUUUUUAUAAGACGUUGAUUCUAUUUAAUAUAAUUAUGUUAUCCGUGUUAUCGAAAAUUGAAAUUUUUCAUCGCCUUCACUUAAGGCGUAGUAUUUAAUUUCCUGCAAUUCGAAUUCCUCUCAUCUUAACCCUAAUUAAGAUUUUCAAAUUCUUCUUUUCUUUUGUCGAAAAAAUUUCUUGGGUGCUUGGACAAAGGUGAUAAAUACCAAUUAUGAUUUAUUUCAUGCUCAAUCCUCAAAUCUAUUAAGAAAUUUAUUAAGAAAUUUAUUAUUCGACGGUUUUCUUUUCUCGAGCAAAUUUUUCACGCAAACUCCUACGUUUCGUGAAUCCACUCCCAAUCUUUUUGUCCCUGAAACUUCCCAAUAGGAGAGAACAAGCAUUUCGUGAACGAAUUCUAACCGCGAAUCUCGUGAAAACCCUUCGAUUUUCGAUCUCAUCUUCGUCAUCCUCGUGAAAACUGCACGUGCCUCGAAUUCUAUCGUACGCAAGUCUCUGUCAUGUAUAUAUAUACAUAUAUACGAUAGUAAGACAUUGAAUAUAGGCGAUAUAAGUAUUCCUCUGAUAGAUAUUUAAAUCCUUCUCUUAAUGUUUUAGUUUAUAAUCGUUCGCCAAAAGUACUGAAAAGUUGAGGGAAAAAAAGGAAAAAGAAAAGAAAAGAAAAGAAAGAAAACGAAACUCUGAAGGUAGACAGUACGUCUUAAGGGAGAAAAAUUUUCUCCACAACGCGACCAAGCGCUUGGAUUUUUUUUUAAUUUCUAUUCUUCGAUAUGAAUGAAGAUAUUAUUCACGUUGAAAGAGAAUUGGAGAAUUAUUUUUAUUCUUUAUUUUUUUUUUAUAUCGAUGAUUUUAAGAUGACAAAAUUGACAGAGUUGGAGAAGAAGAAGAAGAAGAAGAAGAAGAAAGAUUGGAUCAGGCUCCUUGUAGAUCUUGGUUAUCGCGUCUUCUUUAUGAAUCCUUUAGUUCUUAGACCGAAGUAGCUCUCGAGUUUCUGUUCUAAAGUUCCUAAAGACUCGUUCUAAUUGUAUAUAAUAUAUAGGAGAUAGAUUGUACUUACUUAGUGUAACUAAAUGUUAUAAAUGUCCUGUGUAGAUAGCCCGAUAAGCGAUAUCGAGAUAUCCAAAAUCGGAUGCGGGGUCUGGAAACGUUGAUUUGUUUAUCAACGCGAGUUUCGUUUUCUUUUUCCUUCUCUUUUCUUUCUCAUCUUUCUUGUUAUUUUCUAUCAUUCCUCUCGCACGUUUACUCGACUAUCUCAACUUAUUUGCAAAAUUUGCAAUUCGAUUUUGAAAAUUGAUUUCUAUUCCCCGUUUCCAAUUUUUUCAACAUUUCGUCUCUUAUGAAUCGGUAUUGGAAAUUUAUAACUAUUCGUCAUUGUAAAAUAAUUGAUAUUACUUCGUUUUCUGCCGAAAAAUUGAAAUUGUUACAUUUCUCACGAGAAUUCGAAAAAUGUAUAAAUAAAUAAAAUUGACCAUCGAUCGAAUUAAAAUUUUGACGAAAUCGUAUCGGACAAUAACUGAAGGGAGAUUAUUUUUCAAUUCAAAUUCAAAUUUUGAUUUUUAUCUCUUCCAAAAAAAAUGUCGCGCGAGGGGAGCGUGAACCCUUUCCGUCCACGAACGUUGUGACACAUAUUUAAGUUAAGUUUACCUCGCGUAAUUAACUGAUCAGUACGUUUGGCUACGACGAUUCCUGUAUAUCUUCGUAUCAUUAUAUAUAUAUUUAUAUAAAUGAUAAAAGUUGUAUUAGGAUCGAUUGUAAAUAGAGGGUGGAAAAAUCUCGUAGCAUAUCUCGCCCGUAUCUCUUGCCAGAAGGUUGUCACGUUGCAAUACAUACAUAACAUACACGCAUACAUAUCCAAUUAUAUAGAUUUAAUUCCUAAUUAGAGUUCCUGUUGAAGGCAGCUUGCCGUUGAACGAACUCUCUAUCCUUCCCUUCCCCUCCCCACACCCCUGUUGUACAUUUUUUCCUAUGGACACUAGGAUAGGCUGAAACACGGUCGAUUCGAAGAAGUUUCGGCCAAUUCGGUAGAAACUCGUUUUUUGGUUACUUCGAUUUGUGUUUCGAUGCUCAACACUUCAGACAAUUCUCGUUCAACGAGAAAAGGAUUCUUCGUCGAUUCCUCAUCCAUCGAGACGAUUAUUUAAUGAUCGUCGAGAACGUUAGAGAGAAUCGGUUGUUGAGGAUCUUGGUUAGAUUUAUCGGGGCACACAUCGCGAGCGUUGGAUAAAUAUUUAAUGGGAGGGUAAUUGUGUAAUUGAAAGAAAGACAAAAAAAGAAAAAAAAGAAAAAAAAAACAUUUCAAUCCCUCGCGCCGCUUUUAAACGUAUGUUAAACAGAUAAUCGACGAACGAGCGAAGACGAGAAUAUCGGAGGAUCGUGUCGAGGAUAGCGUACGAUCCUCCGCGAUUCUAUCCAGUCACAUUUCUCGCGCUGAUUUCCCUUAAUUAUUCAUUUAUAGCGGAUGGUUGUUUGACAGUAUUAAAAGAGUUACAAAGAGUUUAGGUAACCCUUGUCGUGACUUUGUUUCGACAAGACACGCAUACGUAUACAUGUAUACAUAUGAAAAUACACAUAUACACACACACACACAUAUACGCGAAUAAACAUUGAAAAUACAUUCACGUGACAGAGAGCACAUACACACAAAUGAAAAAAAUAUAUAUAUAAAAUAACACAUACACUUUAUAGUACGCGUAUAAUAAACGAGUAAAUAUAUAUAUAUAUAUAUAUAUAUAUAUUAUAAUAAUACAAUAUAUAUAUUUAUAGAUGUAUGUACACAAAUGAUUUAAUUACGAACGAUACGAACACGACAAUGCGUAAUUGGCAAGCACUUUUUACGAAGUACAAGACGUUAAUAGAAUUUUAUUAGUACCGACCGGAUGUGACGCGCGUGUUCUAGUAUAUUGGGUGGGUCAGAAUUACGUGUGUGGCGUGUGUAUGUAUAUGUACGAGUGCGUACACGUAUGUGAGCGUGUACGAGAAUAACGAGGAAAACGGGAGAGAAAGAAGGGAAGAAAAAUAAAAAAAGAAAGAAAGAAAGAAAGAAAGAAAAAAAGAAAAGAAAAUUCGCGCGGACAUUAAGAUUUCUGCGUGUAUUCGACGGAGAAAAAUAAAUAUAAUGACUUAAUUAUUAGGGGGUUAUUAUUAGGGGAGAGAACAACAAGUGAGAACAAGGGCGUCGCAUGUACAAUAAUAAUUAUUUAGGUACCUAUUAUAUACGUAUAUAUAUAUAUAUAUGAAAUAGUAUAUAUAAUAGUAUAUAUAUAUGGAUAUAUAUACAAUACACAGACACACGUGUGAAACAUAUAUAAAUGGUUAGCGCGAUUAUUAAUUUUCUUUUUUUUUUUUUUUCUUUUAUCCGGACUAAAGUUCCUUGGGGGUAACGCGUUUGGUACGUGUCUCGAACCGAAGCCACCCCGAUGUGAUGACGGUGCUUUGUUUCUCUUUUAAUUAGAAUAUAUAUAUAUAUAUAUAUAUAUAGUUAUAUAUAUAUAUAUUGAUUUUUAUCAUCAUCCUUAAGCGGUAUAAAAUUAUGUUACUUAGGAUUUAUUUUGUUACUCUAAUAUAAUAUUAAUUAUUAUUAUUAAUUAUUAUUAUUAUUAUUAUUAUUAGUUGUUAUUAUUAUUAUUAAUUAUUAUUAUUAUUAUUAGUUAUUAUUAUUAUUAAUUAUUAUUAUUAUUAUUAUUUACGACAUACUAUUACGUUUACUUAUACAUACGUUAUUAUUAAAAAUAUACGAAUGCCUAUUUUCAAACACGACAAACCUUUGUUCGUUGUGUUCUCGUUGUUAAUUUUUUUUCUUUUAUAUCCUUUCAUGAUCAAAUACCUCGUUCCUUGCUCCUUCUGCUUCCUGUUAUUAUUAAAUUUUUAUUCGAAUUUUAUUUUCCUCGAUUUUGAUAUUUUCAUCAUAUUUUCAGAUUAUAUUUCGCGAAACAUUGAUACUCGUCUGAUCAUCGAAGUCAAGCUGCGUUGGGCACAAUUAAACAGUAGUUUUACCUGUCAUGUUUUAACAGAAAAGAGAGCUUAGAAGUUACGUGUGGUGCUAAUGUCGAUGAUUCGAAACUAAUUUAGAAUGGUAUAUCUUCGUUAUUACCGACGAUAGAAACGAUUAAUAGUUAAUAACAGUGUCUAAUCAGUGAAAACGUUCUAAGCAAGAUACGAAAAUACAAUUACAUUCAUCCACGUAAUAUGCAAAAUAAUUAGUGAACACGAAAAAAAAAGUAGAAGCAAUAUUUUUUUUCGCUCGAAAUGCUGAUGCAUACAUUUUUUGAAACGACACAGUUAAAUUUCACUCGAAGAAAAUGUAAAAAAGAGUAUAUUUCUUUCACGAACAAUAUAUAUAUAUAUACGAUCUUAUUAGUUCGAAGAUAGACAAGUUUUUUUUUAAAUUUUUGUUCACUUGCAAUCAACGAACGAAAUAUAUCGUCGAUAUGGAAGAACGAUAUUGCGAAACAAUAUAAUAUUGGGAGAGAUUUUUAAUAAUUUAAAUUUUAAUAAUUUAAAAAGAAGAAACGACAACAAAUUUUCUCAGUCGUUACAGUGUUCUUCCCGCUACGCCUCGUCAUCGUAUGUGAAUCGUUCAUGUGAACCGUGCAUUAACCACAGCCUUAUAGCUGAUCAUUCCGAUUAGUUCUACGUAUCGUUCCGAUAAAUCUUGUUUAACACAAGUAUUACAAUUCGUUUGACGAACGUAAUAACGUGGUCCGCGAUUGAUACAUCGCGUGAGAUAUCGCAAGAAUCAAUACGAUGAACGAGAGAAGCGAGAGAAAUAAAUUGCAAAGAAAAAAAAAAAAAGAAGGAAAAAAAAUACACGAAUCGUCACGAAUUGAAUUUUCUUCAACCAGGAUGCUCACGUUUCAAAUAUAUCGCGUUGCAUUUGUAUCGAUGUUUGAAGGUCGUUCAAGGGCAUAAAUUUACUAUCGAUAAUUAUAGGAGAUCGUCGAAUAAAAUGGAAAUAUGUGUGUGUGUGUGUGUGUGUGUAUCGAUAUGGAGGACGGUAAAAGCGAUGAAUACGAGGAUUAUUCAUUCUAGUACGAAAGUCAUUAUCAUGUAACGAUGUUAUUUGCACUGAAAUGUUAUUUUUUUUUCUUUUUCUUUUUUUUUCUUCUUCUUUUUUUUGCGUUCAGAUCGCUUGUACAAUCUGCUCAAUGAAUUCUUAAUUAGCGGGCACGUGUGACUUUACAGAUCGAGUUUCAGAUAUCGACGAGCGAUGGACUUCUUUUUAUCUCAUCGGUGAGUUCACCAGCUUUUCCGUAUCGAUAAAAGAAUAUAAAAAAGAAUCUAUCUAUAUACGAUUAAGAUCUCAUUCUUUUUUAUUGUUUCUUUUUUUCUUAUUGUUUUUUUCUUUCUUUUUUUUUUUCUGCAUUCAAUGAUAAUUCUCGUUUUUAUGAUCAUCAUUAAGAGAUAAAUGAUGUUCGCAGAUGUAAAUAAAUUUAAAAACAUGGCGAGAACGAACGAUUAUUUUAAAUUAACAAUACUUUCAAUUGGAAUUCGUUCUUUUUUUUUUUUUUUUUUCUUUAAAGAAUUGUUUAUCUCGUUCCUUUAUCGCGUUGAUAAAUCAUUUUGAAUAUUUAUUUAUUUCUACAGACUGUAAUUAAAACGAUGAACUUACGUGCAACAAUUAUUCUUCCAAUACUACGAAUAUCGUUGUUUCAUUUAGCAGUUAUCCGUUUUCAAAACGGAUCACGGUGUUUGGAGGGAAUUUGUUUUUGAUUCGUAAUUAAACGGAACAACAAGUUCGUUGGAAAAAACGACGCGAGAGUUCGUGGAAAAUUUUUGGAAAAUUUACGAGUCUUCGGUUGAGUACCACUGACACGCAUUGCCGAUUAAUCGCCUCGCGUACGCCGUAUACGGAAAUAUUACAAAUAUAGCGCACUGUUUAUUUUUUCCUUGAGCAAAAAUUUUUACAAAAACAAAUGACGCAAACCGCUUUUCUCGAACUCUACAAUUUUUCUACUAUCGAUAGAUGAAGCAUCCGAUAAACGGACAUAUACUAUUAUUAACACAAUAGUGAAAUAUUCACUUGACAAUCUGAAACCACAUGAAAUAUAGUAUUUAUCUGUACAGAACACAUAAAGUUACGAUUUAUAUUCAACAAAAUGAUAUAAAAACAACAAUUCAAUAUGUAAGAUUCAUUCAUUUUAAUACAUUAAAUAUUACGUCAAUGGAACGUGAUAUAAAUUGAUGCAAAUAUUAAUUUCCCCCUUUAAUAUAUCAAUACGCGAAACAAUAUUCUCAUAUUGGACCGUUCAUUCACUAAACAACAAAUUUACACCGGUACGCGUAAUUAUAAUCACGGAACAAAAACAUCAAUUCUUAAAACAUCAAUCUACGAUAUGAUCGUACACAUUUUCUCAAUCGCAUCCAAAUAAUUUCUUCUCCGACUUUUCCGAGUCAAAUUUCAAAUUAUAUAUGAUAAAAUAAGAAAUAACUUCUGCCUCGACUUUCAAAAAAAAAAAAAAACCAAAAUAUUCCAAAAUCCACCGACACUCUGGAAAUUCGUAUUACUCGAUAUAUUCAUCUGUCGCGAAUCUUCGCGUAAUCGGUUGUUGGAAAUCCCUGGAAAAAAUCCGAAAACGUUUCUUCAUUUCCUCGAACUCGAUUAAUCGUUGAAAUCCUUUCCUGAAACGCGAAAGAAAGAGCGAGACGGUUCGAACUUAGAAGAGAGAGGGAAGAGAGAAAGAGAGAGAGAGGAAAGAAAAAAAGAGAACACUUUGACGAUUGCCGGCGCACUCGAGUGACUGUAAUAUAAAGUAGACUUUAAUGAUUAACGGGAAAAACGAGAGAAGGAAAAAAAAAAAAGACACGCGCGAACACACUGAUAUACACGCGCUCAUAGCGGAGACGUGCACGCGCGUGCUCGCACACGUGUGCCUGCACACACUUGUAACAGACACACGCGCACACACGAACAGAGGACACGUAACGCGAAGAGACAGGCAAGAAAUAAGUGGCAUAAGCACACUUACGUAUAGUACUUUUAUCGCAAACGCAUAGGUGAAGCCGUAUAGAGUUACGAUUACACGUAGAAAAGCGAGUUUAGAGAAUAUACAAGGCCGUGAAAAUUCUUGCAGUAUGUGCAUUUGGUCACGCGUUUCGCGCGAUCGCGACCCGAUUGUGAUCUCGCAAUUUUUUUUUUCUCUCUUUCUUUCUCUUUUUCUCGUCUCGUCGAGGAACGAUGAUAAACGAUAUUUUUCAACAACGCGGAUCAUCCGGUUUUCUUUUUCUUUUUUUUCUUUUCUCCCUUUUGCCCUAUUCCAAAUAAUCGCGUACAAUGGCUAAUGUUUCGAAUUUGACAUUUUUCUUUCCUUUUUUUUUUUUAUUUAAUUUUUAUUUCGUCGAGUUAUGGCAAAUCGAUGAACGAAUGAUAUUUUCUAGCGCGGAAAUUAAUGUUCCGCGAUAAGGGUUGGCGAUAACCGAUCGAUCCGAUCAUUGGCCAAAAAUAAAAAUACGUUUCCAGGGAUUAUUCAGGGAUCAUUUGUCGCGAUAAUUAAAUUCGCAACGUUCACCGAUCCACACCGCGUUUAUCGUAGCCGAUCCAAAGUAUUUCGAACCGAUUUCGAUCCCGAACGAUUCGCGCCACUGUUUCCGCCUCGUACUCGCCGAAUCGCCGUUUCACGCGAUAUUGAAAUUUGUGUAAAUCGAUCGUUCCCGUAUCAGUUUUGGUUCAUAUCGAAAUUUCGUCCGGGAUGGCCGCUCGAGGGUUGAAACCCCCCAAGUCUCGCGAGGAUCGAACCGAUUUUCCUCCCGGAAACCUUCCACGAGAAAACGAUCUCGCUCGAGACCCUGAGGAUCGUCCUCCAAAUGGCUAUGAAAAGUCGUUUCCCUUCGAACGAAGAGAAUCCCCGUGGUCGAUACCUUGAACCAAGUCUUUUUCUCUCUCUCUUUCUCUCUUUGCCUCUUUAUUCUUUAUCUCUUGUGCUUGUGCUUUGCAGUUUUUUGUAAGUGAAAGUUAGAAUGGAUUACGGACUCGACGAAGGAAAAUUUUGUUGGAAGUCGAAACUAAAAGGAGAAGCGUCUUUUCUUUUGGGAUUUUCGAUUGAACGGGGGUUUUCAUUGAUUUCCGGAACGAAGAUGGAAGAACGAAGGUAGUUUAUAGGUUUACCGUAGUGAUAUAAGGCAAUUGAAAAAAGGGUGCUGAUUUUACAUUAGACGAAGAGAUGAAUAAUAUUUUUGGAAAACGACACGUGCUUUGAAUACUACUACUACUACUACUACUAUAGGGAUGUAAAGUGUUUAAUAAAAAGAAAAAAUAAAAAAAAAUAUGCGUUGAAGAUUUCACGUCGAGUAAAUAGAAAAUUCAAAUGAUACUUGGCGAAAUUUCUAUUUCAUUAUCACGCAUCUUCCCCUUCCUGGAAAUCUCGCUCGCGCGAUCUUCAAUUUUUUUAAUCGCACACUCGUCGUACAGGAAGAGAAGAAAAGAAAAAAACAGGCAAAAAGAAGAAACAAUCUUCUCCAAGAUUACGGUUCAACGAUCAUAUUCCAAAUUCUCCGGAUUCUCUCAGUCCUCGUCGCGAGCACACGAACACACCUCGAAGACGUCCCCCAUUCUCAUCUCCGCGGCCCUCGAACGAGCCUCGAACGAGCACCCCUCCCUCCUUUUGAAGCGAGCGACUUUCUCGUGAUCGAUGCGACUCCUCCUUUUGUUUUCCUUCCUGGGGCGCGAUUCCCUUUCCUCCGUCCCUCUCGAGGGCUAAGGGCGGUCACGCGCCCCUCUGCUCUCCCCCUCCUUUUGUACGUUUCGAGUGGCGCCGCAUUGUUCGACUCCCCCCUCGAGUACGUACACGCAGAACGGUGCCGCGAAAACCAGGUCACGGGCCGAGGGGUUGCACGGUUAACGCGUGAAAUUGAAAUUAUCGAGCAAUCUCGACGGCUGGAUGAUAUAUAUUCGCACGAGUUUCGAGAGGAAGUAGUGGCUCGGCUAGAGAACCUCCACUUUCCCAUCGAUUGCCGCGACCAUCGUCGCGACUCCUUGCUUCCGCGCUAUUCGUUAUCUCGCUAUUAUUCUUCGUCGAGUUUUUCACUCCGUUGGAUCUCCUUGUUUAUUCUGCUUAUUAUCGCUUUUUUUAAUUCCUCUUCGGUACUUUCCCGUCGACUUUUUGGCGACAGGGAUCGCGAUAAUAAAAUUUCGUCGAGGAUGCGACACUUUUUCUACGAAUCGCGUGUCUUGCUGUCUGUUUUCGCGUAUUCGGAUGACAUCGAAUUAUUUUUCAUGUAUUUUGUCACCACGGAGUUGUGAUCGAAUCUAUCGAAUUCGUGGAGAAAUAUUUCCAAGUUUUUAAGCCUUUCGAUGAUGGAAUUAGGGGAAAUGUAGAAAAGAGAUGUUUUUGAGGAAUAAGUUUUUAUUAUCAGAGAGGAUAAGAUAGAUCGAUGACAUGAUCGCAGUUUAGUCUUGGUUAGAAGAAUUACGUGACUCGAACGAGUUCGUAAAUGUUAUGCUUUUUUUCAAGGAAAUCAUAAUUAAUCAGUUUGCGAAGAGCGUAUCGAAAUGCUCGAAUUGAAAUGUUAAUAACGGGGGGAGGGGAUGGGAUGCAAUUUGUCAAGCAAAAUGUCAUUAUACAUUCCAUAAUAAAUAUCAUCUCGUCCACCCGAAACCUAUUUUAUCACACGUUAAUUAAUGCUAUCUUCUAAAUUGAAUUGGAAAGUUGCUACAAGAACUCGGGUAGAAUCGGGAACCGUCCUGGCAACGUUUCAAACUUCCACCGCAUAGCGGGCUCGUUAUUCAUUAAUUACAAAAUUGAAAACCGCGAUCCCGAUACUAAUUUUGAUCAAUUUUGUAAACGACACAUCAUAGAUCCGUGUUAAGGUAACCUCAUUUGAUUUACAUUUAAUUUCCAUCUGCCUUCGUUUAAUAAUGCACCGGCAGGUGCAUCAAAUUUUAACGUUUACCGUGAAAACAUACAUUCAUCUCGAAUUCAGUUUAACGAAAAUUAAUCGAUAAUUGCAUAUCGAAUCAUCUAUUAAUUUCAAUUUUUCUAAUGAUUUAAUUCUCUUCCUUUUUUUUUACCAGUCUUUUGUAUUACAUUGAAAUUUAUUUCUAUGUUGCAAAAUUACACGCUUCACAUUUUUAUUUUUAAAACCGUAUUUAAAUAUUCGAUUAAUAAUAUAAAAAUAUGUCAUUAUACAGCAAUAGUAAUGUGUGCAAUAAGACUUCGAUAUUUCAUAUAAAAAAAAACGUGAGAAGAACUAAAAAUUUUAUCGUCAAAAUUCACUCAAAAAUUAGGGAAAAGUAUAUCAUUGAAAUCAUUUUUUGAUUUAUUCCGAUAUCUCAAUCGGUUGCCAAGAUAUAAGGGUUCAAAAUUUCAUCAUAGCUUUUAAGAUGGCGCGAAAGUUUUAAACGAGCCUGCGAUCCAAUGAUCGUUUUUUUUUCUUGGAAAUAUUUCCUAUGUUUUUCCAGGAAUCGCGUCUGUCGCUUGUCUGCAGUUUGGGAUAGGUCAGUGAGACGAGGUGCGAGCGAGAGGCCCGAAUAAGCGAUGAAGAUCGAAGAAACGAUUAAAAAUUAUUCUUUUCUUUACACGUCGAUAUCUUGGGAACCAAAAGUCGUACAGAGAUAAAUGAAAAAGUGUUUUAAAGGGGAAAGAUUUGCGCUUCUAUGAUCGUUCACUCAUCGACCGAAAGUCAUUAUCUUCGGAGUUAUAGCGAUUUUUCCUAAUUUUAAUAGGGUUUGAUUGAGGUGAAGAUAAAUAGUUAAAAAUUGUCUUUUCUUUAUAUGAUGAUAUUUUGAAAACUAAAAGUCGUAGCGAGAUAAAUCAAAAAGGAUUUUAAAGAGCAAAGUUUCACGCUUCUAAUAAUUCUUCAUCUAUUGAUCGGAAGUCACUAUCUUCGAAAUUAUAGCUGUUCAAAGUUUUCCUAAUUUUAGAAUGAUUUAAUCACAUUAUUUAUAAAGGUUUUGAUUUAAAAAAUUUUUUGGUUGAAGCAAAUUUUGAUCUUUAUUUAAUCCAUUUAAUUAUAUUGAUUAAUCAAAUUAUGAGUUGUCUUAUCUAGCGUACUAUUCUUAGCUAAAAGAUAAAUUUCGUUUAUUUUUAAACGCUCGGAAACUUAAUUUUUUAAUUUAUUAUCUCAAUCGGUUGCCUCUUUCUUACGUUUUUUCAAAUCAAUUUCAUCCACACAGAUCUUUAUAAUGUCGUGAGUGUCGAUUAGAUUCUCGAGGCAAAACAAAUUCACAUUGGCAGUUGUUUUCCUCUACUUCUGACUAAUUAUCGUUUAUUAAAAUAGGAAGAGGAGCGCGCGAGGCAGUAGACCAACUAAAUUCAACGUGAUUGAAUUUCGAGAAGUGAAAAAAAUAGAAGGAAGAACGUUCGUUCGUCGCAAGUAGUUAACUCUUUCGAAGAGAAGAUCGAAUAUCUGGAAUUGAUAUCGAUUUAUCAUGAACAAUGAUGUGCAUCCUCUUUACUUGAUCUUAAAUUUUCGAAUAUGAUAGACUGAAAGAAAGGAAAGAAAAGGAAAUAGCGCUACACCCGUUAAAACUGUCAUUACUUAUGCCGCGAUAUGGUGUAAUUGAAAUGAUUGAAAUGAUGCCUUCUUCAUUCCCCAACGAGAACAUUCCCCACGAACGAAUCUACCCUACGUGGCUGUGGUAACGAAACAUAUAUCGUCGAUCUUCUUUUUUUCCGUCAAUUCUUUUCUUUCAUUCCAAUUAAAAGUUCGAAAAGUUCGUUUCGACGGAAGAUGAUCCGUUAAUCCUUAAUUAUUUCCACGCGAAUCAUCGAGGCUUACGCGCGCCAGUUUCGUCGAGUUUCAUCGGUUAUUAUUUUUUCGAUUAAUUAUUCGAGGGUAAUCGUCGCGAAUACACAGCAACGCGUCAUUAAUAUCGGGGCGAAUUACAUUAAUUAAUACCGCAAACUGCGUUACCGCUUUUGAAAUUCGAGUGCGACGAACAAAUAAGGGGAGGGGAGGGGAGGAGGGGAAACGUUUAAAGGUUCAAUUCCGCGAAAAUCAUUGAAACGCAUCUCAUAAUUUCCCUCGUGAUCAAAGAGAUUUACCAGAAAACGGAAAAAAGAAAGAAAGAAAGAAAGAAAGAAGCAAAAGAAAAUAAUUGAGAAUAAAAAGGGAGGGAGGGAGGGGAGGGGAGAGAAAAAAGAAGAAAAUAUUUUUAAUCUACCGACGUAUGGCUACGCUCGCGACACAGUUUUCGCGAAAGAUCCUUCUGGAGGAAGGAGUAGUUCUUUGAAUGUCCUGGAGGGGUAAAGAGCUUCAAAGACUUCUAAAGAAUUACAUUUUCCAUGGAACAGAUAGCAAUACGAUAUUUUAUCAGGAGACAAAUUCACGGAGGGAAUCAUUGUAGGGAACUUUUAACCUCUUGGCUUAUUUAUAACAGCCGCUCGUAGCAGAAUUUAUUGCUCCCUGUUCAAUACGGCAAGAUUGUAUUUGUAAUGAGCUGGUUGUGUUUCGAGCUGAUAAAUUUCAAUUUCGAUUCCUCGGAAUCGUUGGGAAUUUGUACGUUGAAGCUUGAAGCCUUCUUCUUCUUCUUUUUUUUUUUUCACCUGAAGCCAAUUUUCAAUUUAUCAAUACUCGAUCGAUCGAUAAGUUAUUGUACGGGGAAGGCUGAAUCACGCCUUGCAUCACGAUGAACGAGUGAGUUUCGCUUGAAGAUUAUUUUUUAAUUGCUUCUAACGUUCGCAUAAGAAAUAAAUUAAUUUGAAAAAAAGUCAAAGGAUACAUUCGUAAUGUAUAUACUUUACGUAUACCUGGAUAAGUUCCGAACAAACUUAUCAAACAGAUUACAAAUUGAUAUCCGGUUGAUAUAUACGAUACACGAGCAAUUAGUAGUCGAGUGGCUCUUUCUUGAAAUAAAAGGACAAGAGGUUAAAUAGUUAAGAUAGCUUUAAUCUACGUUUGGUGCUCAACGCUCAUCGAAAUUUGAUGAGAGUUAUAUACAUAGACCGAUCGAUAAUUCCUUGCUCAAUCCGGAAGCAACUCCUUGCCACUCUCUCGUUUCUUUACAUUACGUUUCGUUCAACCACUCUCUUCUCGCAAGAAAUUAUUUCCGCAAACGUUUGUCAUUCCUUGGACAAUGAAAUAAAAUAGUACUCCACGGAGGAGUUCCACGGUACGAAGAGAAAUUGUCCUGCCUCCGAGUAACGGAUAAAAAUAAAAAUUAAAAUUAAAGAAAAAAAAAAGAACGUAGAACAAGAAAGAAGAAUUUUGCAAAUUUCGUUCCUUCGGUGCUUCUUCUCCUCCGUUUUUUUCGGGGACAGUACCUUUUCAAGAGUACUGCUCGUUCUCUGUAAUCACUGUAUCAAGAAGGGUCGAAACAAAAAAAAGAAGGAACGAACCACGAAAUCGAACUCGAAAAUCGCUCGACGUCUUCUCUUCACCAAUUGCGCUCGCGUACGAACCAAAGUGGAACGAUAAACGGGGCAAGAAGGAAGGAUGAAGCGAGAAAAGAGGGAAAAAUAAUAGAAAUAAUAAGGGAAGAAGAAGAAAAAGUGUAGUAACAAGUGAAUAAUAUCAGUUCAUAUGGGGGAAACUACUACUAUGCAAUGAAUCCAAUAGCAAUAAAUGUAUAAACAAAAAAAAAAAAGAAAAAGAGAACGAGUGAAUAUGUGAGGGAGAGAAAGCGUAUCUGGGAGAGAAAGAGAGAGAGAAAGAGAGAGAGAGAAAGAGAGAGAGAGAAAGAGAGAGAGAAAGAUUGAAGCGAAAGAGGUGAAAAAGUGCGGGAUAAGGAGAGAGGAAGUGAACCUCGCGGAGACGUUGAAAUGCCAUCGUGAUGCGUAUACAUAUAUAUAUAUAUAUAUAUAUGGUACGUAAUAUACAUAUAUCGUUUUAAAAAAAAAGUGAAAGAAAAAGAAAGGAAAAGUAACCGACAAACUCGAAAUCAUUUCUUCGGCUCCGCCAAAUCACGCUACACUAUAUAUAUAUAUAUAUAUAUAUAUAUAUAUAUAAAUAAAUGAAUAAAUACGUAUAUAUAUAUAUAUAUGAAAAAAUAUAUAUAUUGUAUGUCAAGAGAUAUUUAUACUAGUAUUUUAAUAGUUUAGUAUAUAAUGCAAUAUAUAUAUAUAUAUAUUGAGAGAGAAAGAGAGGGAUUGUACUAUAUAAACGAUAGGUUUAAAAAAAAAAAGAUACCGAGGCGUUGUAAAUACAUACACACAUAGAAAUAUUAUUCUAUGAUAUACAUAUAUAUAUAUAAUAUAUAUAUUAUAUAUAUAUAUAUAUAUUAUAUACAUACAUUGAAUAUGACUAGUGAUACAUUAAAUAGAAAUUAUUGUAUACACAAGCAUAUAGACGAACAACAUGUGAAUAGGUGAACUAAUCUAAACUGAAAUUUACCUAUAGAUAUGAGUAUAUAGGCUAAGUUAAUAAAAGUUUAUUAUAUAUAUAUAUAUAUAAUACAAGCGAUAUACAUACAUAUAUAUAUAUAUAUAUACAUUUACAAUAAAGAUGCAUAGGCAUUAAGAUUAUGGGGACACUUAAUCAUAAUUACUCAAUUUAAUCGGGAUUGCGAUAAGAAAUUAGAAACAAAAGAGGAAAAAAAGAGGAAAAAAGAAAAUUGCGAAAUUAAUCAAUCACAUCUUAGCGCGACUAUGACAAAGAAAAAAGAAAAAAGAAAAACAUGUUGACGAAAUUUUUAAGUAGAAUUAUAUAUAUAUAUGUAUAUGUAUAUAUAUAUAUAUACACACUAUAUAUAUUAUAUAUUACACAUAUAUAAUAUAUAUAUUUAAUUGUUUGUACAUUGGGCACGAAUGCUCUAUUAUUUUACUGUGAUCCGUGUUUUGUACGAUUUUCAAAGUCACACCGCACAUACAGGAUCGACGUUAGUCCAUGCUCUUUCCUCCGUUCCGGGCCGCGUUUCCUUUCAAAAUCGAUCGUUUCCGCUUCCGUGGAACGUUAUCAGAAACAAGAGAAAAGAAAAAAGAGAGAAAGAAAAAAAGAAAGAAUGAAACGUUGAUUCGUAACACGCAAGCUCUACCGUACCAUUUUCCACGAUAUUUUUACAGCACACCGACGAUCGGCCGACACGUAAGCGAUCGUCGUUUCCAACUUUUUACGUGUCGUACGACGUAUUUUCGAAACUCUCAAGUUCCUCGAUUCGCGAAUUUCACGAUCCGGUUGGAGAGGGGGGGGAAGAGAAGUUGGAGACGACAAGAGAAAAGCCGAAACGCGUUCCCUCUUGGUCGUCGUUCUCGAGACGAUCGAUCGGAAAACGCGUGGAACGGAAGCGCGACCGGCCUGUGCCCGAGGAAAUCCUUCUAUUUAGCCGCGAAAUAAGAUCUUAGCCGCGCGACAGGGGAACUAACGUCGACCCUGGGAACACGCGUCUCGACCAAAAAAAAAAAAAAAGAAAAAAAGAUAAAAAAAAAAGAAGAAAGAAGAAAGAAGAUCGCAAGAACCUACUUUCACGAGAAUUCAGAGCUUUUAUACUACGCGAAUUCCAUUACAUCGUGUUCAUUUUUACACACCGCGGCUCUCCACGGAAUUAUCGCCGCGACGGCGACCACCAUGGAAGGUGGUGUCUCUGCGGUGAAAUGAAGGGAUUUAAAAGAAAAAGGGAAAAAAAGGUUAAAGGUGAGAAUAGUCGCGAAUGGUUCAACUUCCCUUUGAAGGAAGAAAAAAAAAGAAAAAGUCGAGAAUUCCUUUCGAUUAAGGAAUCGGGAAAUCUCGGUUUCCUUUUAAUGAUAAACUUGCAAAAUUUUAUUGUAACCAUUCCGAUCGUUCCUUUUCUUGUUGAAAGAGAGUAAGAAAAGAUCUGAAAUUCUUCUUUGAAUUAAAACAGUGGCGAGAAUGAAUCGAAUCAAUGCCUUCUUUUUUUAAAGAAGAUAAUUAUCUCAACAACAGUUGAGAUUACGAUUCAAGCGAUUCCUCUCCGCUCCUAAUAAUUAUCUCCAUGACAAGAUAAAAGAUCUAGAUCUUCUCUUCGUUCGAAAGGAUAAAAUUCUUCGUUCCACGAUUAUCUAUAUUCCUGGAUCGAUGAACCGAUCUAAUUUCGUCGCGACGAUAAUUCCACGCGGAGAGUCGAAGUCGAACGACACGCGCGAGUCGAAGGUGCUGCUUCUCCGGUGCGUGGUAGAAGAAGAGAGAGAGAGAGAGAGAGAGAGAGAGAGAGAGAGAGAGAGAGAGAGAGAGAAGAUGAUUGAAUGAAUUACAAAUAAAACAAACUUCGUUCGAAAGGGGAAAAAAGAAAGAAAAGAAAAAAAAAAGAAAGGAAGGAAGGAAGCGAAUGAUCCCGCGACGCGACAUUGAGAGACGACGUUCGGACACUCGAUUAGCAAUAUCGCCAUUAAUCGUAUUUUGCGCUUUCACGCUUUGGCUGAUUAUUAAAAAAAAAAGAAAAAAAAAACUAAACGAUGGAAAAAAAGGAAAAGCUAUUACUAGUGAGAAUUGUAUGCAUAAGGGAAAUAGAAGGCGAUCGGAUAUGAUCGAUGGUUCGAUCGAAAUUUAAAAACCCUCGCCGCGAGUAUGUUUGCAAGAAUUCGUGCGGAUUGAGGGUGAUCGAUCCUCGCGCGCGAGGACCAAUUCGAGGCUCGAGACGGUUGAUUUAAUUUUCGCGCUCGAAGAGGACAAAGGGUAAAUUGGAUCUAAUUGGAUAUCGAGGAUAUGGUAGGCGCCAGCCGACAUGUACGUGCAAAUUUUCGAGAAUACACGGGAAUGGAGAAUUUAUAUUACUUGAGUAAUUUAGAUUUCAAGUGAUUAUUUGUCGAUUCUUUUAGCACUGACGAGGAAGAAGGAGAAUUGAAUAAUUUAAUUUUCGAGAGAUAUAAUUUUUAACUUUCUUCCUUUAUUUUUUUCAAAUGUAAGGGAAUGCUUUGUUGCCACUUGGUGCUAUAAUAAAUAUUAGCGAAAAAAAAUUUUAACGAAGAAUUAAUUAAAAUUGAGAAGAGGGAAUCUGAAAAAAAAAAAAUACCAAGAGAAUUUUUUCACCGAAUAUUUUUCGUGAAAAAAUGUCGACGAACGUAAUAGAAUUUUAGAGGGAAAUUCCUAAUGUAACUUUUACGCGAAAUUAUUAUAGAAAAUUGUUAAAUUUAGAAGAAGAAGAAGAAGAAGAAAAAAGGAAGAAAUAUUCGUAGAAAUAAUACGCUUCUGCUAAUGAGAGCAAUAAUCGUUUUUUAUGUUGUGAUAAAUCAGUCAUAGGAUCAUACGCGGACAUUCGUGGACAUUCGUACUCAUCGCCGGAUAGAAUGUUAGUUUAAUAAAAUUACAGGGAAGAAACAUAUCGUAAUAAUAUAACGCUCGUAGGUUUUAUCGUUCAAAAAAAAAAAAAAAAAAAAAAAAAGGAAACUACUAAAGUGCGUACAACUCCCUUCGAUUGUUUUUCGAAAUGUUUAUACAGAACUUCGUAGAAUAACGAGUUUUUUGUCAUAGAACUGUAACAUAUCAAAUUUUGGGACAAACUGAUCCGAAGCGUAGCUUUCCAGUGUAGCAGAUUUUUAAAAAAUGAAUCUCGAGCAGGUUGUCAUGGUCAUAAAAUAUAAUUGUUGGAUCAAAAGGCGACGAGAAGCAUAACAUUAUCCUUCCACUUAAUUUUUAUUUCUAUGCGCGAAUUAAAUAUAACGCGUACAUCUAUCAUUGUUGGUUUCAAUGUUUAUCGAAUGAAGCUCAUGGAAAAGAUACGAUAAAUUCAAUAAGAAUAUAUGAUAUACGAAAAGCAAAGCGUUAGGAAAGAUGUAAGUAGAAAGCGUAAGUGGAAACGGAUCGUUCAUUGUCAGACAUGCUUGACAACCAGUAUACGAAAACGUAUAUCUCUCUCUUUAUAUAUUUUACUUUAACAAUGUCUCGAACAAAUAUUGUUCGCGUUAAUAACUACAAUACAAUAUUUACAAUACAAUAAUACAAUUACAAUAUUUUUCGUCUUUUUAUUAACAAAAGUUUUGAAAAGAUAUUUAAAUUUUAAUCGAACAAGGAGAACAGAUUCUACGAUGUUAAACUAAAUUUAUUUCUUUUUUAUAAUUUUUGUCCAACGAGUAUUUCAUCCAAGAAUCUAUUAUUUCUUUUUAUAUAAUUUUUGUCUAACGAUACAACAUCCCAACAAAAAAUAUAAAUAACGAAGAAAAAAAUAAUUCUAUCCAAACCACAAAAAAAUUUUACAUCAAAAUAUCUUAAACGUUAUUAAAAUACCGAGUAAAAAAAAAAUCGUACAAAUUAUAAAGUUCGGUAGAGAUAAGUACUUUCGAAUGAAUAGAUGAGGAAAAAAGAAAGAGAAAUAUGUACGAUAGAAGGGAAAAGAGAGAAAAACGAAGACAACGUCGAUGAUUCUUACUGCUUGCGAUGGACAGGGGAAUCGAAAGCCGAUAUAGGUUCGAAGACACGCGUGGAGUUGCGGAACAGAGUUCAGGGGUGUAUUCACCUGGCGCCGCCCCAAGUCACGCCUACCUGCGCAAUUCCAAACGUAGGCAGGCACGCCUACGCGUGCACCGACACACCGUACGCUCCCACCUACGCGACCUACAUACAGUCCAAGCCAAAAUUCGCUGGACGUUGGCUCGUUUCUGGCACCGUUCUCUCACGUCUCUCCUAACCGAGCUUCGACCACCUCCAAUUCGCUCGAAAAUUUAUCGAAUAAUUCGAGUCGUGGUAACAUUUUUUCCUUCUCGAUUUGUAUAAAGUAGACGAAUUCUUUCAAUUUUCUUCUUUUCUUUUUCCAAUCUGAGAGAUUUAUAAAAAUCGCUUCCCCAUUUAUCUAAUCAUUCUUAUUAAAACCAAGCCCUAAAAAUCCAUCUUUCUAUUAUCACACAAGAAUCAACAACCCUCCUCCAACAAAUAUCCAUCUAUUCUCCAUCCGUGAGACUCGCUAAAAAUUAAUCCAGGAAAAAUUUAAUCCGCAAUCGAAUCCGUCGUAUUACAAAACUCCCCCCAAAAAUCCAUCCUGUAUAUCAAAAUUCGUUCAAGCCCCCGUCGAAAAGAAAGCGAGGGAAAAAUUAAUCCCGAAUCAAUAACGUUCUCCUUCCAUCCUCCGCAUUUAACCUCGAACGUUGCGUAACGAACGGACGAACGAGAGCCAACGAGAAACCCACCAACCCCCCUACAAAUUUUUCCCUCGACUGUAUCGACAGGUGAACGCUUACCGCUGGUUGCCGCGACCCAAGGGACACGUACAACCCGUUCGAAGGUUGCUCGUGUUGGUCUCGGGGCGAGUGUGUAUGCGGACUGGUGGGUGGAAGGCGAGGCCUACGCCUACCACCCCCGUACGACCGAUCACGCCGAGACUGCUCCUACUACCCCAGUUCGGUGCGACGCGCGUUUCGCGAGUUUGCGGAGCGGGUCACCCGGUGACACGUUCCUACGUCUAUCCCAUACAACGACCUGGUUUAUGCAUAUACGUGUGUAUAUGCAUAUACAUAUACAUGUAUAUAUAUAUGCACCCCUGGACUUUUACCUAGAGAAAAGUUAGGCUCUAACCUUGGCGAAGUUGCCCGAGGGUUGCGCUCCUCCUCGCUCGUGUGUCUUCCAAGGAACUUUGAUACCGAUUCGUGUCGUGUUUAACAAGGUGGUCGAGAGGAUUUUUGGAUCUCGAGAGUUCUUUUGUGGAAGAGGGUGGAUGUUUCCUCGAGUUUCUCGUGAGGCUAAUUUCACAGGCGAUUUUUCUCUUUCUCGAAAUUAGAUACUUUUUGUCCUUUUUCUUUUUUACGAUUACGAUUAAUUUUAAUAUUCGUUAAUAUUCCUAGAACAAUCGUUCGCGGAUAGAUAAAGAAUUAAGAUUGUAAUUUGAUCGAGCUUGAACCGAAUCUUCUCGAAAUACUCCGAAUGCCGAUCAAAAAUUUCAUCAGAUUUCAAUUACGAAUUUGCAACUCACGAUAAUAUAUAAUAGAAGAGAGAAAUAAGACGAGAUAAACGACGACAGCAAUUUUCCAACAGCGUUCUUUUUUUUUUUCUUGGAAACAGAGGAGUUCGCAUUUCGCGUCAUCAUGGAGCACGUGGCCGCUUCUCGUCACCCCGUUUCUACGACAGCGAAUUCCGUUAAUAGGGGCGUGUAUUGCCAUCUCGAUCCUUCUCUCUCUCUCUUUCUCUCUUUUUCCCCGCUCUAUGCUCUUUCACCCUUCCCGCUCGCCUACGCCUAUCUCGGGAACGACGAGGCAACCUUUUCCACUGAGAGAAUGGCGGACCGGCUGAAAAAUGUCGCGCGACGCCUCAUUGGACGCGAAAAGUCGCGGCGUGGUCGCGUUUUCAUACCGAUCGACCCCCUCGCCCGAUGGUGGACGGGCAACCUCUUCGGCAAAACUGCUCGUGAAAUUUUCUAUUAAAGCGUCCUUCGUCCCUUUACACAACCGAUGCGAAUCUUGGAAUUGGUUUUCCCUCAUUUGCGAAUAGCAGAUAGCAGAGAAAGAUAUAAAUAUAUACGGGUUUAACGAGCUUUCGUCUAUUCCCUCCUUUUGUCCAGCGAAAUGAAAUUUUUUUUUAGACCUUUAUUAUUUCACUUUAUUAUUUAUCCGAUGUUGGGAGAAAUUUCUUACUUUUCUUGUUGAUUGAUUGUUAAGUGAAUGGAAGUUAGGGAGGCAGUUUGUUUUAUUUAUGUUAAGCGUAAAUUAAUUUUGGAUAUCCUCUCUGUUUAUCGAGGUUGUAUUUUUAGUUAGGAGUUCGCUUAGUUUCUGAACCGGCAUUAUUACAAUCGGAUAUAUUAGAACGAGAUUCUGAGAUUGAUUAACCGAUUAGAAUCUACUAAUUUUAUCUACCGCCGCAGUAAUAACGGGCAAUUAUCUCAUUAAUUAUUCAUUGAGGUAUAUAAAAUUAACGAAGGAUUAACGAAGUAUGAUGGAUCUUGGCUUUUAAUUUCCUUCUCCUCCUCCUCCUCCUCCUCCUCCACUUUCUCCCUCUUCUGUUUUAAAGAAAGUUCAACUCGACUCGAUGAGUUUCGAUUAGAUUUGUUAUAAAUGGAAUGAUUUUUAAUCAAACUUUAAUCCAUAGGGUUUAACGUUGGCCGAUCAAUUUAACGUUCAUUAAUUACAAGAAUAAAUAUUAAAUGUUUAACGGGGGGGGGUAGGGAAGGGGGAAGAUAUCAGAAAAUCGAGGAAAGCGGGAACGUAUAUUCGUUUCCGUUGAAAUAAACUCGUUUAGGUAGGAAUCCGCCUACCCUUAUAAACGCAUCGAUUCUCGAUAAACAAAUUAACAGAAAUUAAAACGAGAAACGAGUGGAAAUUAAAUCAGGAAAGACGUUCCUAUUUAAUUCGCGGGAUAUGCGUACAAUCUAUACCUUAAUUACAUUUUUUUCUUUUUUUUCUUUUUCCUCUUCUCUUCAUUUUAUUCGUUUCCACAAACUGUUUAACAAAUCGUAUUGCUUCAUUCUAGACAAUACUUUAAUUAUCGAUAACGCAGAGGUGCAGUGGAUAUUCAAUUUAAAUAAUAUCUAAUUACGAUUAAUAUUACGGGGGAUUGAAUAUAUAGGAAGAUAAAACAUUUUACAAUGAAAUUGAGGCGAUUUAAAAAAAAUAAAAACAACUUUUGAACGAUACAAAUUUGAUAUUUGAUACAACUUAAUGCGCAACUAAAUUAUCGUGUAUCGCUAGUUGAAAAAGUAGCAAGUUAAAUAAUAUUUGAUAACGGAUGUUGUCGAAUGAUAAUUUAUAAAAUGUAUACUUUUUUCUUUUUUUAUUUUUCAGAAUAAUUUUUAUUCCAACUCGUCGAAUGUGCAUAAAAUUAGAUUACGAUUAUCUUCGACUAUUUCCUUAAUUUAACAUCUAUUUAUUUCGAUGAUCUCUUUCAUGACCGAUCUCUUUAUCUCUCUUUAAGAAGCAAUAUUCGAUUUCUCCAAUUAUUUUCGAAUCAUCGUGCUCGAUAAUAAUAAAUAUUAUUUCGUUUUAUGAUUAGACUCGUGUCUCUUCUUCGAUUCAAAAAAAAAUCUUCUACGAUAUCAAACCUCCCGAAAAGAAGUAGAUAAACACGUACGACACCUGAACUUCCGCAAAAGCGAACGUUGCGAAAGCUAAGGAUACUGAGAACGAUCGACGACGCCGGAACUUCGUUGAUCACUUUUAUGCACUCGUCGCACAUUUUGGCCAUCGGUCCGUUUCUGCAAUCAUCGAAGGGAGAUAUGCAAACUCGCACUUUUUGCAGUACUUAGUAAGCACCUCGUUCAAGGUCCACGAAUGCUCGUUGCUAAUAAUGCUUGAGAAAGAAAAAAAAAGGAGAAAAAAAAAGGAAGAAGAAAAAGAAGAAGGAGAAGGAGAAAGAGGAAGAGGAAAUUUUCAUGAAUUCGUCGCGAUGAAAUUAUAUAGUAGAUUAAAAAGAGAAAAAAAGAAAAAAAAGGAAAAAAAAUGAUAUAAAGGCGAACGAUGACAAUAGAAGAAUAUAUUUAUUCACUUAACUUAUAGAGGUGAACAUUAAUCUAGGAGAGAGAAGGAGGGAGAAAGAAAGAAAGAGAGAGAGAGAGAGAGAGAGGGAGAGAGAGAAAGAGAGAGAGAGAAAGAUAUUUGAUUUAUUAGAGAAUAUUCGUUUGAUAUAUUUAGGGAAAUUUGUUGCAUUUAGAAAAUGAUAAUUAGCGUGCCUUUUUUAGGUUGAAAAAAAAAUAGUAGAAAUAUAUAAUACUAUAUUGAGAUAAUCGUUGGUGUUUAUUGAUAGUAGAUAAAGAAUAAUACGUUGGUAUAAUAUACGAUAGAGAUUAAGUUUUCUUCAUUAGGACGAAGAAUUGAAAAUAGAUUAAGAAAGUCUGCUGUGAUUUGAUAAUACGUGAAUAUUUUAUCAGAUACGGAUGAUAGUUCAUUUCGUUUCAUUCGAUUAAGAAAUUUAAUGGUUAUUUCGUAAUUAUAUAUAAUGAAGUGUUAUAUAUAACGGACAAUUUUAAUAAAACCAAGUGGCAAUUAGCUGCUUAACUUCUUGUGUUGGAAAUAUUAGAAGGAUAUAUUUGAGAAAAAAAAAAGAAAAAAAAAAUUGUACGAUAAGUUAUACGAAUUAAAAAGAAUUGUAAUUCUUGUUUAUUAAAAGCAUAUAGAACAAAAAGAUGAAUUAAGAAAUUUUACUUUUCUUUACACUAAAAAGGAUCCUCGUCUUUUUUUUUUUUUUAGAACUUGUAUCAAAAAAUCAAAAGGUUACUCUCCUCGUAAUACUUCUUAGCUUCUUGGAAUACCUUACAAACGAUUCGAAUCGAUUCGAAAGAAUUCUAAAUGUCAUGCAUUCUUUCUCCAAUUCUCAUCCAUUCUUUUGUGCGGACCUAACGAAGACGACAAUCGCCUCUUCUGGUUCCUUUCGACGAGCCUCGAUCGCCCCAUUCACUCCUCGGUUCGUUCUUUCUCGUUUGCUCCGGAUACCCGCAGAAACACACGUACACACUUCUAUACGCAGAUACACAUGUAUAUAUAUAUAUAUAUAUAUUCAUAUAUACAUAUAUACACAAUCGCUCAGAAACACGUGGUACACAAGAUAAUAGACACAGAGGAACGUACGAGACAACACGAGCAAUGCAGUGUUCAAAUACCUUGAAAGCCACCCUGUAGAUCGGAAUCUCGCAUAUAGUACUAAAUACAGAUUAUAUAACACUUAACUAAGCUUUCCGUAACGAUAAAAUACAUAAAAUGAGCGAAAGGGAACGAGAGAAAGAGCGAGCGUAUGAGAAUUAGUGAGAGGGAGAGAAAGAAGAGAGAGAGAGAGAGAGAGGUAGAAGGGAGAAAAUGUACAUGAAUGAACCAAAUUAGCGAGAGAAGAGAGAGAGAGAAAAAGAGAGAAAUAAAAUAACACGCAAGCAAAGGUGAAAGAUUGAGAACGAGAGGAACCUACGAGUUGUUAUGUUUUCUACAAUAACGUUUGUACCGACUUACAACAAUAUUUGUACAAUAUAUCGAUAAAAGAAAAAAUGAAGUUACGUACCUAUACAAUAUAGGUAUACCCAGAUGCAAUAACUUUUUUAAACGGUAUUUAAUGAAAUAAAAAUAAAAAAAAGAAGAUGAAGAUGAAGGUGAAGAAGAAAAAGAAGAAGAAGAAGGAGAAGAAGAAAGGGAAAGAAAGAAAAACCAAGCCGGAAUAUUUUUCAUACUUGUAACGAAGUCAUGGCGGCCGAUCCGAGCGCCACCGCGCCGGAAGUCCGCGUGACGCCACAUCGUUUCGUUUUGUGUGCCAACCAAGAGAUUUUAGAUUUUUUGCUUUGCAGAUGAUGUGUGACACGCGCGCGACCCGCGUCCCCGAAUCUCUCGGUCGCGAAUACAGAGAUCGAUCGACGCCCAUUGCCGUUUUCGAAAAACAAAACAAAAAAAACGAAAAAAAAAAAAGAGAAAAAAGAAAAGCGGAAAAGGAGAGGGAGAAGGGAAAGAAAGAGGAAAACGAGGAAAGAAAGAAGGAAUAAAUAAAAAAAACCCUACAUUCCAGCACGUACACCCAAGCACUGACGUCCAGAUCGCUUGAUUUAUCGAGUUUAAACCGCUAGUGAUUUUUUAGAGACGAGAUAACGUGACGUUGUUAAGAGAGAAAUAAUGCGCGUAGCUAGUUUUGCCUCGGUCGCCCCCAUUUUUUAGGAAUCUCGCUCGAACGAAUCUUAAAACGAGACGCAGCUCCGUUCGCGAAACCGAGAAUUAUAUUUUUGUUUAAGAGAGAAAGAUAUAGCUUCAUUCGAAUGUUCGCUAUGUGAUUCUCAACUCUUUCGUUUCGGAUCCUUUCGAAAGGAUGAUAAGAAAAGAGAUCAUUUUCUCCAGAAAAUUUUUAAAAUUAUUUUCUCCAAGAAAUCUAAAUGCAAAAAAAAGGGAAACGUAAAAUUCUAACGAUCUAAGAUCACGCAAGAACCAUUGUCGGAACACGUAUGUAACGUAAACGAAAGAAAAGAUCACUGAAACAAAAACGAUUUGUUUAAAAGAUUUAUCUAACCGUACGUGUUCCGAUCCGUUUCGAAAGAAGUUGACAAGGUUCCCUUUUACGCGGGAACGUUUCUCGAUACGUGAAAAGCACACGAGUCGUGUCACGUACGGUGUACGUCAAUGUUCGAACGAGCAUGGGGAAUAAUCUUCGCCCCAUAAUCACCGUUUGAUUAACGUUUCACAAAUUUCGUGACGUAAAAGUAUAAUAUGACGUAAUUAAAAUGUUUUUAUCAUUCUUCUUUUUUGCGCGCCAUCUUUAUUAAAGAAAAAAAGCUUUAAUUCGCAUACGUGUCUUAACUAAUUUUAUUCGAAAGAUGUACAAUGUGUAGAAUAUUUCGAAUAUAUCUUGAGAAAUGAUGGGAAAAAACGAUAUGCAAGAAACGUGAGAGGAGGAGUGGAUAUAUAAAUAUAUCUUCGACGCUUUAAAUAAUUAUGAAUACGAUAUAUAAUAUAGUUUAAAAAGUAAAAUUGUUCAAUCGCUUCAAUUCGACGAAUGUUCCUUUAAUGAGAAUAUUUUUCUUCUUUUUUUCUAAUUAAACGAUCCGUGCAUUAAUUUCGAUAUACUGUUUUUCGGAUUAAAUUAAAAUCCGAAAAGAAAAGGAAAAAGAAAAUUGAUCUUUACAAGCUUCCAUAAUUCUAAUCUUAAUGGUUCUUAAACUUAAAUCGAUACGUCCCUCUUGUAUCAUCAAAUAUACACACAUUGUGGUCUUUCAUUAUCGCAUUCGAGUUAUCCUUCGGUCAUGAAACAAUGUCCAUCACGCUCGUUCCACAACAUGACUUGACUAACACCCAGCACGUCGAAAGCGUCGCGUGAUGUGGCCGGAGAACACUCUAGCGCGACCUUGCUGAUCUUAGAUAUUACAUGUUCGCGAUAGGACACGUAGAUGAAUUAUCGAGGCGCGAUCAUCGGCUCGCCCGUAGACAGUAGGGAAGAACGGUAGCGCGAACGAAUGGACGCGUCUCGUUUUCGCAAUUCACUCCUCUGCUGGUGGUCGUCUCGAGGCGGCGAGGUGGAUAUUCGAUCGAACGCGAACGAUCGAGCGGGUUCCAUCUGGAAGCGACGUUCAGAUCCCCCGUUGCCUCGAUCGAUCUUGCGAUCUUGCGUCGAGACCUCGUGAACGCUUUAAUAUUUUGCGAAUAUUUCGAAAUCUUGCGAACACGUGGAGAACUCGCGAAUACCUCGAAACAUUGCGAAUAUUUCGAAAUCUUGCGAACACGUCGAGAUCUCGCGAAUGUUUUCAGAUCUCGUGGAAUAUUUCGAAAUUUCCCUAAUUGAUAAUUCGCAAAUAGUUUGAGAAUUUCGCAUCGCGAUCGAUAAGGUCUCGACGAUGGAACCGGUCAGAGGGUAGAAGAGGAAAAGGAAAAAAUUCUAAAAAGACAAAAAGUAAAAAUAGAAAAAGAAAGGGAAAGAAAUGGAAUAUAGAAAAUAGAAAAAUGGUGCUCCGAAAGCUUAUGCGUCUUUCUGGCGUUCGUCGUACUCGCGAUUCCCGCCGUUCUAUCGUCUCCGGAUGUUGAGAUAAAAGCGUGGAGAAGGAAAAUAUGUCCACGCGUCGUUCAAAAGUCACGGAUCCUCGAGGAGGGUCGAUUGUAAAAAAAAAAAAAAAGAAAAAAGAAAAAAAAGAAAAAUAUGGAACAAAAAGACACACGUACACACACAUACACACACACACACACGCAUAAAAUCGCUAAAGAAAGAAAGCUCUCGUGCACACGUAUACACACGUACACAGUACGAUCAUAUGCCGCUCAUGAGAACACAAUGUCAAUCGGUUGCUCGAAGACGCGGUUCGAGCUUGCGAUUUCGGAGAAAGGAAAAGAAUGGAUAUGGAAAGUUCUUGUAAAACGGAUGUUGUGUAGUGUGAACGACUUCUAUCGGUGUUAACGGCGAAUCUUUUUGAUAAAUAAUAACGUUUAAUAACGGAACAGGAUAAUUUCUGUUCUUCUGUUUCUGCGUAAAUCUAAGAUUGAAACGCGUCGAAACGAUGGAGCAUGAGGUUGACUGUAACCGAAGAUUCGCUUUCGAUGGAACUUGUCGGUCGCAGCUUGCGUGUUUCAACACGGAGAAAGAAAAAAACGAAAAACAAAAAAAAAAAAAAUAUGCGUGUAACGUUCUAGGAUGGUUAUUAAACAGCGUGGUCAAAAGUGAUCUUCGAGACGACGCACGUUCACACGUGUAAGAUAUUAUUCCAGGAUAUAUACAUAUUAUAUAUAUCUCGACAGUUGAGAAAUAUAUAAAAAGAAAAAAAGGAGAAAAAAAAAAAAAGAAAAAAAAAAUAUCGGAGAGAAAGACUUGUCCGUAAAACUACUUCACCACGUUGACACGCGUUCUUGAUCAUUAUGGGUACUACGCCUUGUUUCGUGUAAAAUGACGUUUUGUUUCGGUUCUUAGGCGAACGAAUGCAUAUCAUAGUUGUAAAUUAACGAUUUGUGAAAUAAAAGCUGCAAACUGUUUGUGUUAACAA